AUGAAAACUAAUUUUGGAAGUUUGGGCCCUGUGAACGGAAGUCAGCCUGUUAGAAGCUUACCUGUGGUUGCAAAACACUGUUCUGUGUGUUCUUUCCUCAGUGUUCCGCCACCUGUGGAAGAUCCUGAUGAGGCUCAAGCAAAAAAGCAAAAAUCAGAUUACGCCAUCUUUAAGCGUAAAGAGAAUGUUGAAGAAGUUUCUGCUUUGGUGAAGUUGCCAGCCAAGGCAACAAGUGAAUGCCAGAAGGCUUCGGUCAGCGAUGCCGCUCCAGUCGCUCCAAUCACAGAGUCUGCAGAAGAGACUCAGUCCACUUCUUCUGACCCUUCAUCUAAAAGACCAACAGGUUCUGUGGUAGAAAGAGCAAUGCUACAAAUUGAUAAAAUGCCUUGUGGAACCAAUACUUGCUUGAAUAAGGAAACACUAUCCCUUUCUCACAAGGCAGUUCCAUGUCUGAGCACAAGCAGGCAUGGCAAACACCACAUCAAACCUGCUUCAGACAGCAUCUUAACACUGAGGCCACCCAUUAAGGAGCACACUGUGCCAGAAUCCACGACUUCAGAAGUCAACAAAACGGGGAGGCUUUUCUGUACUGCUGAAGAGGAUGUUCAGCGAGGAGAAAAGGAGAAAUACAAACAGCUCUUGGAACUGGUAAAGGAAAAAUAUCCUAGAAGCCGCCCUAAUCCACAGCCGACAAGCUUCCGCAAUGUUCAAGCCUACUCCAAGGAACCAGUGAUGACUGUGAGUCACCUGGAAGAACAAAAAUAUGGAGGAGAUGUCUAUCCACAUAUGACACUAAGAACCAGUAUCAAAUGUGCAGAUGUUUGCAGCCCGCAGUGGUCUCAGAGAAGUGAUAUGAUCAGGUACUACACACCAGCAGAAAACUCCCAUGAACAGGGAAGACCAGUGAAACAAGCCACUGCAGGGGGGCAGUAUGGAGGUGAAAUAUCUGAAGAGGUGUUAUUACAUCUGGCACCUGUUCUGUCCAGAAAGUCAUCUGCCCUUGAUGUGGAAGAAAAGAAAUUUCCAGGCUCAGAAAAAACAGUAGAACACUUUUCUCCACUCACAGAGGCAAUGGAGAGGGAAGUGAUUGCUGCAUUUGGCAAAGGUGAGCCAGAUGAGAUCAUGAGCAGUGCCUUCAAACUAAAGGUCACUCGUGAGGACAUCCACACGCUAAGGAACCUUCGCUGGCUAAAUGAUGAGGUCAUUAAUUUCUACAUGAGUCUUCUGGUGGAAAGAAACAAGAAGGAAGGAUAUCCAGCAGUCCAUGCUUUUAGUACUUUCUUUUACCCCAAACUAAUUUCUGGGGGCUACAAAGCAGUAAGAAGAUGGACCAGAGGUGUGGAUCUCUUCAAGCAGGACCUCAUCUUAGUGCCCAUUCACUUGAGAGUGCACUGGGCACUAGUGGUCAUAGAUGUCAGAAAGAAGACCGUCAAAUACUUUGACUCAAUGGGACAGAAAGGGGACAAGAUUUGUGAAACUUUGUUCCAAUACCUGCAAGAAGAAAGCCGGGACAAAAGAAAUGUGGAGCUGACUUUUUCAGAGUGGACUCUUCACAGCAUGGAGUCACAUGAAAUCCCUCAGCAAUUGAAUGGAAGUGACUGCGGAGUUUUUAUGUGCAAAUAUGCAGAUUAUAUCUCCAGAGACAAACCGAUAACCUUUACACAGAAUCACAUGCCUUACUUCCGUAAAAGGAUGGUGUGGGAAAUAAUCCAUCAGCAGCUGCUGUGAGACAUGCACUAUUAGAGUA